GGCCUGCUGGAGCUGUGUGUUUGCCAUGGCACUUUUCGUGGAACACAUCCUGUUGGGCAUCCACUCCAUCAUGCCAGAAUUUGAGGAUUUAGUGAGAAAAUACACUUUGCUUCUUGCUGAGUGUUUCCAGUACAAUUCAGACAUGAAGUCUUAUCCAACCUUUUCUUUGGUGCUGACAGUGCUGCGCAAAUGCAAGGAUGAGGUCAGCAGCAGGCUGUACAGGCAUGGUCUGGAGCUGUGUCCCAUCUGCCUGCAAGAGCCAAAGGACCCCACCUGCCUGCCCUGCAACCACGUGUUCUGCCACAAGUGCAUCAGCCUGUGGCUGGUGCCAGCACAGAUGUACUGUCCCUACUGCAGGGUUGCUGUGGAGGAUGUGGAGUUAACUGUCUCUGAGGAGCUCAGAGCUGCCAUAGCAAAGAAGGCCCUGUUCCAGCAGAGGUGCAAUAAUUUCUUCAUUGACAUGGUCACCACCAUGUGCUUCAAGGACAACAAGCCCCCUGAGCCAAAGGUGAUCCAGAGCCUCCUGGAUCUGCUGUUUGCUCGCAGAGGAACAGUUUCGAAAGACCCAAAUGACCCUGCUGUCUACACAAAAUUCCUGUCCCCAUUUAAUGAUGAGGUGGAUGAAACUCCCAUCAUCCGCUCUGUGAUGCUGAAGCUGCUCCUGAAGUACAGCUUCAAUGAAGUGAAAGAUUAUGUGCAGCAUUACCUGUCCCAAGUGGAGCACAGCAGGCUCCUAGAGGAAAAUGAUAAAAAAGAGCUCUACUUGCUUUUUGUCAACUGCUUGGAGGAUUCCAUGUGUGAGAAGUUAGAGGACAGUGUGGGAUGUGGGCAUGGAAACAGUCUGCCCGAGGACAGAGCCUUUCCAGAGAACUACCUGCCAGCCAGCAGCAGCAGGGCUCCCCAGGAAGCCUCUGUGGAAUACCUGCAGGCCGUGGCCGAGGUGCGCCUGUGCCUGAGCAGGGCUGCAGAGCUCAUCUUCGACCUGCAGCAGCCCAAGAGGCCAGAGCAGAUGAAGGAGAAGCAGUCUUACCUAAAGAAUGUGGAGAAGUUCUGCAGCCUUGCCAGGAACGACUGGCACCUUGUGUACCUGGUCAGGAGGAUUGCCAGCCAGCACGGGAUGGAAUUUGCUCAGAAGUUGGUCACAGAGCCACAGUUCAGUUGGGUGUUCCCAGCAGAAAUUCUGCAGCAGGUCCAGCACAGCCAGUCCAACCACAUCGACCAGUACCUGGUGUGUGGGGAGCGGUACCGGGCCCUGCGCGACGCCGUGGGACGAGCCAUGAUGGAGGGCACAGCCCAGGGGCUGCUCGAAGCUCAGGAGGCCUCCAGCAGCUCCCCAGCUCUGAAAUCUGCCUAUCUGCUCCUGGCUAUCUUCCGAGAGGUCACUGCUCUGUAUGGGAAUCCAAGCCUUCAUCCCAAGAAGCAGCAAACAAAGGUGAUGACUGAAUUCAUCCAGCGCUCCCGAGUGCUGAAUUCCCCCGAGCUGCAGCGCUUCGCAGUUGCCCUGGUGAAGAACACCCUGCCUGGGCUGGCUGUGGAGCCGCAGGGCCGCAGCCAGCAGAGAGCCCUGCUGGAGAUGGCUGUGCACAUGGCUGCUGUGCUGCUCUGUGGGCACAGCCCUGUCCUGCAGCCCCUCAGGAACCUGGCCUUCCAGCCACGCACCAUGCAGCACUCCUUUCUGCCCACGAUGCCCGAGGACAUCAUGGCUCAGGCAAGGACCUGGGAGGAAAUACGUGAUCUGCACUGGUAUGAAUGUGCCAAUGGCCACCCCUGCACUGUGGGAGAGUGUGGGCGCCCCAUGGAAAAGAGCCGCUGUCCUGAAUGCCACGUCCCCAUUGGAGGCAGAAACCACAAGCCCGUGGAGGGCUUCCGUCUGUCCAGGAGUCAUCAAGACAGAACUCAAACUGGCCACAUCCUUGCAGAUGUUGAGCACAGAAGGACACUGGGAAUAUCUGACAGGGGCAUGUCCUCCACAGUCUUUGUGCUGCUCCGUUUGCUCACCCACCUGUCCAUGCUGCUGGGAGCCUCCAGAGACCCUCAGUCCCUGGGAAGGAUGAUCAAGCCAACAGUGAAUGAUGUGAUGAGCUUCCUGAAGCAGCACAUUCAGGAGGACUUGGCACAGCUGACCAGGAGUCUGGGGAAGAGUGUGGAUGACACUAUCAACAUCCUGCACCUGGUGCUCAGCAGCUUCCUGCAGGCCCCCCAGCAGCAGCAAGGCCACCGGCUGGUGCGGUUUGAGAGUCUGUCCACCAAGGAGGAGAGAAACAAUUGGGAAGAAAUUGUUGCAAACACAAUUAUUGUUCCUGAAUUGGAGGAUUUGGAUAAAAAGCUUCUGAAGUUAAACCAACGGAUACAAGAGGAUGAGAGAAUCUUUUCCAACCCCAUAGUGAAAAUAGUGUAUGGGGACCCAGCUGCAUUCCUGUCCCGGCUGCCAGGGGACAGCCACAUCCACCAUUCCAAGAUGUGGAGCUGCCGCAGGAAGGUUUCAGUGGAGAACCUGAGCCACGUUGUGCAGCAGAAGAAUGCCAAGGACACCGUCCCUCUCCUCUGGAAGUUCCUGCAGAAGGAAAGUGAGCUGAGGCUGGUGAAAUUCCUCCCAGAGAUUCUGGCUCUGCAGAAAGAUUUGGUGAGGCAAUUCCAGAACACAGCAGAGAUCAAAGACUGCUCCAUUGGGGAAUUCCUCAGGGAAACCCACUCAGGUGUGAUGAGGGAGCUGUUAGAGAGGAGAGUGAAUGUGUUUCUGUCUGUCUGGAACAAGCUGAGAAGCUCCCUGGACACCAAUGGUUCCUCCCAUCACUGA